AUGCCUCUAGGCACUGUCGUAGCCGCGGGUGGUGAGCCGCGUGAUAGAGGGCGUAAGCUUCGCCAUCGACACGGCGGACGAGGUGCGCGCCAUCAGCGUGAGGCGCAUCCGUACUCCUUGUCUUCCCCUUCCCCCUCCCCUGCCUCUACCCUCACAGGUGGUGAGCCGCGUGAUAGAGGGCGUGGGCUUCGGAUUCUACACGGCGGACGAGGUGCGCGCCAUCAGAACCCUCAAUCUCCCUUCCCCUUACACUCCCCUUUUCCCCUUCCUCCUCCCCGCUGCAACUCCGCGACCCCCUCCCUCCUUCCUCCCCCUCAACAGGUGGUGAGCCGCGUGAUAGAGGGCGUGGGGUUCGGAUUCUACACGGCGGACGAGGUGCGCGCCAUCAGUGUGAGGCGCAUCACCAAUCCGCUGCUCUUCGAUGGGCUGCGCAGCCCCGCCGCGGGGGGUCUUUACGACCCCGCACUCGGCCCCGUCGAUAAAUCCGACGUUUGCGUCACCUGCCAGCUGGGGUACUUCCAUUGCCCGGGGCAUUUCGGCCACCUGGAGCUGGCACUUCCAGUGUACCACCCGCUGCUCUUCUCCCUGCUCGUGAAGCUGCUCCGCUGCGUGUGCCUGCGCUGCCACCAUUUGAAGCUGCUCUCCGCUGUGUCGAAGCUGUAUGCGCUGCGGCUGGCGCUCAUCGCCCAGGGGCGGCUGAGGGAGGCGCAGGAGCUGGGGCAGAAAAUGCCGCCCAAGGCCAAGCGCCGAGGCUGGGGCAAGGGGAAUGGGAAAGGAAAGGGAGGAGAAGGGGAAUUAGGAGGAGGAAAAGGAGGAGUGAAGGCUGUAUAUGUGUCUGGGCCAGCGGGGGCAGUAGAUGAUGAGGAGGAGGAUGAGGAGGAGGAGGAGGAGGAGGAGGAGGAGGAGGAGAAAACAGCAGAGGAGAUGGAUAUCGACGGAUCUUGGAAAACCGAGGCUGAGAAGGCUGCUGCUGCAGCAGCAGAAGCAGCGGCUGCUGCCGGGGAAGUCGAGGAGGGGGAUGUGUUGGGGGAAGGGGGAGGGGGAGGGGAGGAGAGGUGGUCGUGGGCGGCAGAGGUGGCGGCAAGGGAGGUGGUGCGGGAGCUGUGGAGUGUGGUGCCGCCCUCCAAGUGCCAGAACUGCUUUGCCAACAACCCCAGCGUCAAGCGGGAGGGCCACAGUAAGAUCUUCAGAAAACCUCUGGCAGUGAAGCCGCAGCACCAGAACGACCUGAACGGAUUCACCUUCCCAGACGUGCUGGCAGAACUGGCAGAAGCCGCAGCUUCCGGGAAGGACCCCGCCGACAUCAGCAUCGGGCCGGACGGCGAACUCCGGAGCUACACCGUGGACGGAAACGGAAGCGGAGAGAAGCGCAUGUUGCUGAGGGACGACGAUGACAGCGACGACGAGAUGGUGGCUGCCGCAGCAGCGAAGCGGAAGCGGGGGAAGGGAGGAGGAGGAGUGGGAGAGGCGGGGACGAGGCGGCCGUUUCUGAUGAAUGUGGCUGAGGUGGAGGAGCAUUUGAGAAGGCUGUGGAUCCGCGAACCCGCCAUCUGCAACGCUCUCUUCGGCUCCUCGGCUCUCUCCUCCUCCUCCCACUCCCACCCCUGCAGUGGCCGCUCCGGCCACUCGGCCUUCCCUGCAGGGAUGUCCCAGUACCAUCAUAAGGUGUACUACGGGCAGCAGCAGGGCGUGGGGCAGCAUGGGGGCGGUGUUGGGGCGGCAACGUGGCCGUCUGCGUUCUUCCUGCGCUGCCUGCUUGUGCCGCCCAACAAGUUCCGCCCUCCCAACCUUAUGAACGAUAUGUUGCUGGAGCACGCUCAGAACGUCUUUCUCACGAAAAUCCUCGAGGCCAACCUCUUCAUCACUCAGAUCGGCCGAGAGGCCGCCGCCGCCUCCGCUGCUGCUGCCGCUGGUAGCGCUGUUACAGGCGCCAACGCUGCCACUGCUGCUGCUGAGGGGGAAGGGGGGGGUCAGCAGCUGGCGAAGCUGGUGUAUACGGCGGGGGUGGAUGGCGGAGGGGGAGCGGCGGCGGAGGGGGCGGAGAUAGGCGCGACGGAAGUGAGGAAGGCGGCGAUUGCGUGGCUGCAGCUGCAGCACCACGUGAACUGCUUCCUGGACAGCAGCCUGAGUGAGUGGUUAUGGGAGGGCGGGCUCAAUGAACUCGCAAAAGGACCCAGCAAACGGCAUACAGCAGCAGCUGGAGAACUAGGAGCGGCUGUUCCAAAUGAAACGGCCCCUUCCAUAACCCCCCUCUUUCCUCUUCCACACCUCUCCAUCCCCAACCUUCACUCAACCCCUUUUGCCGCUCCCGUGCCCUCUCUUUCUCACCUUGUCGCAGGCUCACAAAAGGACCCGGCGAACGGCAUACGGCAGCAGCUGGAGAGGAAGGAGGGGCUGUUUCGAAUGAACAUGAUGGGCAAGCGCGUCAACUACGCCUGCCGCUCCGUCAUCUCGCCCGACCCGUACAUCCAGGUGAACGAGAUCGGAGUGCCGCCCGUUUUCGCCAAGCGACUCACAUAUGCGGAGACCGUGACGGAUUGGAACGUGGAAUAUUUAGCAAGGCUGGUGGAGAACGGGGCGGACGUUCUCCCCGGAGCCACACACGUGGAGGACGAGAGGGGGCAGCUCGUCUCCCUCGCCCACCUCAACCCCGACCGCCGGAGAGCCCUUGCCCGCACGCUGCUCUCCACGCCCUCUGCCGCUGCGCUCGCGGCCAAUCAGCGUGCGACAGGUGUCCACGUGAAGGACGGGGAGGGGAAGAAGGGGGGAGGGGAGGGAGCGGCGGCGGAGGGGAAGGGGAUGCAUGUGCGGCGCGCGAUGGUGAAAUGUGUGUUUCGGCAUAUGAGGGAUGGUGAUGUGGUUCUGGUUAACAGACAGCCCACGCUGCAUCGUCCUGGCAUCAUGGCGCACCGAGUGAAGAUCCUCAAGGGGGAGAAGACCCUCCGCCUGCACUAUGCCAACUGCAAUGUGUACAAUGCGGACUUUGACGGGGAUGAGAUGAAUGUGCAUCUGCCUCAGGACGCCCUGGGGAGAGCAGAAGCGUACUCGAUAGUAGACGCUGACUUACAGUACAUACUGCCCACCAACGGGCUGCCUGCUAGAGGGCUCAUUCAGCAAAGCCCCUCAGCUGUAUCGUACUUGAUAGUAGAUGCUGACUUACAGUACAUAUUGCUCACCGAUGGGCUGCAUGCUAGAGGGUUCAUUCAGGUCCACAUCAUAGCAGCCACGCUACUCACCUCGCCCGGCACAUUGAUCACAUGCACCGUGUUCCAGCACAUUCUCUUCUCCACCUGGCCACUCAGUCACAUGUCUCUCCCCUUCCCUUCCUGCCUACUCCCCCUUCUCCUAUGCCCCUCAUCAGGAUCACAUCAUUGCGGCAAAACUGCUCGCAUCACCAGGAACGCUGCUCAUGCGCACCGAGACCACAUCAUAGCAGCAACUCUCCUCACAUCACCAGGAACGCUGCUCAUGCGCACCGAGUUCCAGCACCUGCUCGUCUCCGCGUGGCCGCUCACAUGUCUCUCCCUUUUCCUUCCUGCCUAUCUCCUUCUUCCACCCCACAACCAGGACCACAUCGUAGCUGCCACGCUUCUAACCUCGCCCGGCACGCUGCUCACGCGCACAGAGACCACAUCAUAG